CCAGUGGAGCAGGGAUUGUCAGAGAGGGUGGAGGACACUGAAUGGAGGCCAGUGGAGGGAUUGUCAGAGAGGGGCCAGUGGAGGGAUUGGCAGAGAGGGGUGGAGGACACUGAAUGGAGGCCAGUGGAGGGAUUGGCAGAGGGGGGUGGGAGGACACCGAGUGGAGGCUCAGUGGAGGGUCUUGGCAGAGAGGGGAGGGAGCAGGAUACGGAGCGGUUGGUAAGGUGGAUGAGUCUGGCUGCAGAAUUCAGGAUAGAUUGAAGAGCGGACCUGAGACCAGAUCAUACCUGAGCAUGAGCCAUAUCUCUUAGAGUGGCCCCAUAGAGCAGUCCUUUGCAGCAAUCUAUUGGAGCGGUCUCUUGGAGUCGUUUCUUAAUGCGGUCCCUAGGAGCGGUCGGUCUUUGAGCAGUCUGUUGGAGCGGUG